ACGAGGAGAAAUGGAUGAAUCGCGCUGAUCGUGACUUUUGCUGGUCCGGGGGAGGGCGCAAUCACGUGGGAGGCGCUAGUGGACGCUAAACCAGCCGAAGUCGAAAAUCCUCCUGGCUUCACUUGUCUUGUCCUCUUGCUUAUCUCAACCACAUCUCAUUCUCGCCCUUGUCACACUCUGGUCUUUGUCGCCCGCCCGGGGUCAGCGUCCGCUGUGGUCUCUGCCUCUUGCCGGUUGCUGCCCUGCGGUGAUUGAUCCCGUCCGCUACUCUAUCUCUAUCUUGGCCACUGAUGCCGGCCGUCGAAGCGUCCCUCGUCGCGCCUUCCGAGUCCGGUCUCAAGAUGGAAGACCGGAAGAGACCCGCCGCUUACGAUCACAAUAAUGAUUCUGCUCCGCCGUCCAAGAAGCAGGCUACCUCGCUGAACGGCGGGGGCAAGCCUCAUCCCGACACGGACAUGCCAUGGAAGGACGAUCUGGAGGUGAGCUCUCCCGUCUGAUCUGCCCACGUCUUCGUCCCACGCGCGUGGCAACGUGGCCUGGGAUGCGCAACGACAUUCACUGACAGUUCCUUCGUAACAGCGUUUCCAGAAAGACGCGAUA